AUGCUAAAAGAGUUAACUGUUAAGGAAUGUGAUGUGUUGUUGAACAUCUUUCCACUUUUUCUUUUGGGGGUUUUCCAAAGAUUGGAGAAAUUAAUAGUGACCGAUUGUUCUUCACUAGAACAAGUGUUCCAACUCCAAGUGCAAGAGUUAGAUAUUGAAGAAACAUACGUGGUAGACAGUCAAUUAAGAGAACUGAAUCUCUUUCGCCUACCAAAGUUGAAGCAUGUUUGGACCAAGUAUUGCAAAAGAAAUAUUUCUUUUGGAAAUCUACGACGAAUAUGCAUUGAGGAAUGUUGGAGCUUGAAAACUUUGUUUCCAGUUUCAAUUGCUAAAGAUCUUCAGCAACUUGAAAGACUUACUAUUGAUAGGUGUGGGUUGGAGGAGAUUGUUGCUAAGACUGUUGAAGUAUCAGACAAACAGGAAAUUUAUUUUGCAUUUAAUCAGUUGUCCUUCCUUAAACUUUGGUGUCUAUCGUACCUAACAUGUUUUUACCAAGGAAUGCAUAGAACAACAUGGCCUGCAUUAAAGCAAUUGACAAUAUCUGGGUGUGGGAGGAUUAGGAUAUUUGGUCAUGAAGAAUCCCAAAUCCGACCUUCAGUUUUCCUUGUUGAAAAGGUUAUCCCCCAAUUGGAGGAGGUUUCACUUAGCCAAGGUGAUAUUGCGAUGAUAAGUGACGGCCAGUUUAACGCUGACUUAUUUUGCAAUAUAAAAUUGCUUCGGAUUUCUUGCUAUUUUGAUGAAUCAGCUGUUUUCCCGAUUUCUUUCCUUCAAAUGUUUUACAAUUUGGAAUGGUUGGAGGUGGUUUCUUGCAAUUUCAAAGAGCUAGCUACUUUCAAAAGCGAUGCAUGUGAAGAUAAAGACAUGAUUAGCACGAUCUCAAAAAUCAAGAAGCUGAAAUUGAAUAUGGUUAACAACAUAAGACAUAUAUGGAAGCAAGACUCCCCGCUUGACCAUAUUUGUGCAAGCCUCGAAUGUCUUGAAGUUUUGCAGUGUGGCAAUUUGAUUAAUUUAGGAUUAGAUCUUUCAUCUUUUGAAAAUCUUACAACUUUAGAUAUUUGGAAAUGCAAUAAGAUGUCAGAGCUAAUUACAUCUUUCAAACCCCAAAGUUUGGUGUGCCUUGUUACAAUGAGGAUAAGAGAAUGUGAAAUGAUGAGAGAAGUAGUUGCAAGCGAAGGGGAUGAUACGUCAUAUGAGAUUAUUUUCAUAGCGUUGAAACAUUUGGAGCUUCAUUUUUUACAAAACCUCACAAGCUUUUGUUCAGGCAAUUACACCUUAAGGUUUCCGUCCUUAGAACAAGUUACUUUGAGCCAAUGUCCUAGAAUGAAGAACUUCUAUCAAGGAGCGCUAAGCACACCAAAACUGCAUAAAGUGCAGUUAACAAAAACAGAUUUUAAGGGACGUUGGGUUGGUGACCUUAAUGCCACCGUGGAGCAAUUAUACAAAGAGCAGGUUGGAUAUCGUGGUCUAAAGCAUUUGAAGUUGUCAGAGUUUCCGGAGUUGGUAGGCAUAUGGAGUAAAAAUCCUCAAGAAAUGUUGGAUUUUACAACUCUUGAAUAUCUAGAGGUUUUUGAUUCCAACAAUUUGAGAUAUAUUUUUAACCUCUCAAUGGCCUUCGGCCUAAGGCAACUCCGGGAAAUGGAAAUCAAGAGAUGCGGAAAAUUGGAUCAAGUCAUCAAAGAAGAGGAUUCAAUUACAAUGGUUGAGGAAGCAAUAGCAGAUGGUAAAAAGAUCAUUAUCAUAUUCCCUCGUCUGCAAUCCAUUAUAGUGGAGUCUUGUCCAAAUAUGACAAGCUUUUACCUUGGAAGUAGAGAUCUUGAAUUUCCAUCAUUGGUUGAAAUUAAGGUAGCUGACUGUUCAAACAUGAUUACUUUUGUUUCUACAUUUUCACGAGAGAAAGAUAAAGAAACAAUAAUUGGUGGCGAAGUUGAUAACAUUUCUACAUUUUUCUCCGACAAGGUUGCUUUUCCCAACUUGGAGAGAAUCACAAUCUCCCAUUUGAGGAAUGUAAAGAGGAUAUGGUACAACCAACUUCAUACAAAUUCAUUUUCUAUGCUAAAAGAGUUGAUUGUUAAGGAAUGUGAUGUAUUGUUGAACAUCUUUCCACCUUUUCUUUUGAGGGUUUUUCAAAGGUUGGAGAAAUUAAUAGUGACCGAUUGUUCUUCACUAGAACAAGUAUUCCAACUCCAAAUGCAAGGGUUAGAUAUUGAAGAAACAUACGUGGUACACAGUCAAUUAAGAGAAAUGAAUCUCUUUCGCCUGCCAAAGUUGAAGCAUGUUUGGACUAAGUAUCCGAGAAGAAAUAUUUCUUUUGGAAAUCUACGACAUGUAAUUAUUUUUGACUGUCAGAGCUUGAAAACUUUGUUUCCAUUUUCAAUUGCUAAAGAUCUUCAGCAACUUGAAAGACUUACUAUUGAUAAGUGUGGGUUGGAGGAGAUUGUUGCUAAGAGUGUUGAAGAAUCAGGCAAACAGGAAAUUUGUUUUGCAUUUAAUCAGUUGUCCUUCCUUAAACUUUGGUAUCUACCGUACCUCACAUGUUUCUACCAAGGAAUGCAUAGAACAACAUGGCCUGCAUUAAAGCAAUUGACAAUAUCUGGGUGUGGGAGGAUUAAGAUAUUUGGGCAUGAAGAAUCCCAAAUCCGACCUUCACUUUUCCUUGUUGAAAAGGUUAUCCCCCAAUUGGAGGAGGUUUCACUUAGCCAAGGUGAUAUUGCGAUGAUAAGUGAUGGCCAGUUUAACGCUGACUUAUUUUGCAAUAUAAAAUUGCUUCGGAUUUCUUGCUACUUUGAUGAAUCAGCUGUUUUCCCGAUUUCUUUCCUUCAAAUGUUUUACAAUUUGGAAUGGUUGGAGGUGGUUUCUUGCAAUUUCAAAGAGCUAGCUACUUUCAAAAGCGAUGCAUGUGAAGAUAAAGACAUGAUUAGCACGAUCUCAAAAAUCAAGAGGCUGAAAUUGAAUAUGGUUAACAACAUAAGACAUAUAUGGAAGCAAGACUCCCCGCUUGACCAUAUUUGUGCAAGCCUCGAAUGUCUUGAAGUUUUACAGUGUGGCAAUUUGAUUAAUUUAGGAUUAGAUCUUUCAUCUUUUGAAAAUCUUACAACUUUAGAUGUUUGGAAAUGCAAUAAGAUGUCAGAGUUGAUUAUAUCUUUCAAAGCCCAAAGUUUAGUGUGCCUUGUUACAAUGAAGAUAAGAGAAUGUGAAAUGAUGAAAGAAGUAGUUGCCAGCGACAAGGAUAAUACGUCAUAUGAGAUUAUUUUCAAAGCGCUGAAACGUUUGGAGCUUCAUUUUUUACAAAGCCUCACAAGCUUUUGUUCAGGCCAUUACACUUUAAAGUUUCCAUCCUUGGAACAAGUUAUUUUGAACCACUGUCCUAGAAUGAAGAAGUUCUAUCAAGGAGCACUAAGCACACCAAAACUGCAUAAGGUGCAGUUAACAGAAAAAGAUUUUGAGGGACGUUGGGCUGGUGACCUCAAUGCCACCAUUGAACAGUUAAACACAGAAGGUUGCUGCGGAUCUCAGCUGUGGCAAAAAUGUGAUUGGGACGAUCUUUGGAAUCUUAAAGCUACCCCCAAGAUAAAAAUUUUUAUUCGGGACGCAUGCUGUAAUGCCAUAGCUUCCACAGAGAAUUUAGCCCAGAGACAUAUCAUAGAGAAUUCGAGUUGUCCAAGGUGUGAAGAAGGAAAGGAAACCAUCGAACACAUCCUCUUUUUCUGCCCACCAGCUCAAGCAACUUGGAGAGCCUCGACGUUCAACCACACCCCUUCCCCUAAGGAUUUCCAAUCCUUAUCCGAUUGGUGGCUGAAAAUCAAGCAACUUCUUCAGAACUCGGGAGCAAAUACGGAUAUGAGUUUGAUUGCUUGGACGUGUUGGGGCAUUUGGAAGGCGCACAAUGAGUGGAUGCUCGAAGGCCGUGAUGAGGACCCGGUGAACACAUGGAACAAUGCGCUCAAAGGAUAUCACAACUUCAUGGAAAAUAUGCUCCCUCCAAAAGCAUCAGCCAUUAAACUAAUCUGAUAAUGCCUCAUCUACUACCACUGUUCUUCAUUGGAAAGAUCAUGCCUCAACUGGAAAAAGUUACGUUGCAUUUCCACCAAAGAUUUUCCAAUUUGGAAAAGCUUAAGAUAAUUGCUCGCAAUUUCAAAGAGUUGUCUCCAAGGUGAUGCUGGUGAGGAGAGAGACGUGGUAAUGAUGCUCUCAAGAUGGUGAUGUUACUAGCCAUCAUGUUCCAUAAAUAACUGUAAUUCUAAAUGGAAAUUUCUUGUGUGCAAUUGAAUCUUGACUUUGGUUUUAGAUUCUUGGGAUUAUGUUUUCUGUAUUCUUUGGUUUUUGAGAUAAUUUGAUCAUGUUCUUCUCUC